GUUUUUUCCCCCCGCAUGGGGAUGCUGUAGGAUUGAGAGCCUGGGGAAGAAUUUGGAUGCCACGUCGCCGGAGAGUUUAACUGGAAAUCAGUUUUUUAUUUAUUUUUUGCUUACUAUAGUUUUUCCUGCAUCCCCAAGCACUUCAUUCUGGGUGUAUUGCCAAAUAUCUGGUUUUAUUUGUUUUAAAGUGAUGCUGGAGUUUUGGCUGUUCUUACUCUCAACUCUACUUCUUUGCGUUCAUGGCGCAAAACUUCCGGAGCCAGAGGUGAAAAUCGAGGUUUUGUACAAACCUUUUCUGUGUCAUCGAAAAACCAAAUAUGGGGACAUGCUUCUGGUGCAUUACGACGGUUUUCUGGAGAGCAACGGCACAAUGUUUCAUUCCAGUCGUCAACAGGGAGAUAAACACCCAGUAUGGUUUACCCUGGGGAUCCGGGAGGUGAUCAAGGGAUGGGACAAGGGCCUUCAGAACAUGUGCACAAAUGAGAAAAGAAAACUGACCGUCCCACCAUCUCUGGCAUAUGGCAAGGAGGGCAAAGGAAAGAUCCCACCAGAAAGCACCCUGAUUUUUGAAAUCGAGCUCAUAGAGAUCAGGAAUGGCCCCAGGUCCCACGAGUCCUUUCAAGAGAUGGACCUCAAUGAUGAUUGGAAGCUCUCCAAAUCCGAGGUUAAAGAGUAUCUGCGUAAAGAGUUUGAGAAACACGGAUACCCUCCCAAUGACACUCAUCACGAGGUCAUGGUGGAAGACAUCUUUAAGCAGGAGGAUGACGACCAGGACGGCUUUAUAUCUGCACGAGAAUUCACAUACCAACACGACGAAUUAUAGAGAGCAAUGUUCAACUUUAAAGAGAAAUGAUAAAUACAGCCUGUCAGUAUUCGUUUACAUUUUAUUGACAAACAUGACUUUUACAGUUUUUGUAAACACACAGCUGGGAACAGCUAUGUGCUCAUGACUGCUGUGAAUUUUAUUCUUGAAAAAUAGUCAAAAAUGACAGAUGUUCAAAGAUUAAUCUAAUGAUCGUUUGUAUGUUUCAAGAACUGUGAUAUUUGUUGUGUUUUUUUAUAUCUAGAGUGCCUGUUCACUGAAAUAUGGCACAUGUUUCACUGUGUUUUUCAUGUUGCAUCAGAAUGGCUACAACUUGUAUAAAAGUUUAUUUACCAGGUUA